GGAGCCCGGCCGGCCCCAACCGCCUCCCUGGCCCGCCGCCCCUGCGGCCCCGGCCUGCAGCCCGGCGCCCGCCUCCUUUGUGGAUCUGAAUGAUUUGGGGGGCCUCCCCCCUACCUUCUUGAGAUUACGGUGCUGGAAGGCCGACCCCGCCUCCUCGGUCGGUGACCCCCGCCUGGGGAAGCGGCCCUCAUUUUGUUCUUCCCCGCGGGCUCUCCCCGCGCCCCUGUUCUUUCGGGGUCUAACUGAUGGUUUUAUUUUAGUUUUUUCCCUUUAUUUUUCUCGCCUCUGGACUGGAAGGGCCCGCGCGAGGCUCUGCGUCUCUGCCCCUCCUGGUCUUUUGCUCACCCCCGCACAAAUCCCCGGAUCCACCUGCCUCGCGGCCGGGGAUGUCCCCACGGUGACGGCGGCGGGCGCCGGACCACACGCGGAGCUGGUGCCCUCGCCCAGGCUGCUGUAAAUACACACUCCCCCGUCUGCCGUCCUCUUUUUCGUGUUCUGAGCUCUCUGAAAAGAGAGAAGACGCAGGGGAGGAUGUGGCUGAAGCUUUUCUUCUUGCUCCUCUAUUUUCUGGUCCUGUUCGUCCUGGCCAGGUUUUUUGAGGCCAUUGUGUGGUAUGAAACUGGUAUCUUUGCCACCCAGCUGGUGGAUCCGGUGGCACUGAGCUUCAAGAAGCUGAAGACCAUUCUGGAGUGCCGGGGGCUGGGAUACUCGGGGUUGCCGGAGAAGAAGGAUGUCCGGGAACUGGUGGAAAAGUCAGGUGACCUGAUGGAAGGUGAGCUCUACUCUGCACUCAAAGAAGAAGAAGCAUCUGAAUCUGUUUCUAGUACCAAUUUCAGUGGUGAAAUGCACUUCUAUGAGCUUGUAGAAGACACAAAAGAUGGCAUCUGGCUGGUUCAGGUCAUAGCAAAUGACAGAAGUCCUUUGGUGGGUAAAAUCCACUGGGAGAAAAUGGUGAAAAAGGUGUCAAGAUUUGGAAUACGUACAGGCACGUUUAACUGUUCCAGUGACCCCAGAUACUGCAGGAGAAGAGGCUGGGUACGAUCCACGCUCAUAAUGUCCGUUCCACAAACGACUACUUCUAAAGGGAAGGUCAUGCUUAAAGAAUACAGUGGGCGCAAGAUUGAAGUGGAGCACAUUUUUAAGUGGAUAACUGCUCACGCAGCUUCUCGGAUCAAAACCAUUUAUAAUGCUGAACGUUUGAAAGAAGAAUGGAAUAAAAGUGAUCAAUAUUGGGUAAAAAUAUACCUAUUUGCAAACCUUGACCAACCCCCAGCUUUCUUCUCUGCACUAAGUAUAAAGUUUACUGGAAGAGUUGAGUUUAUUUUUGUAAAUGUGGAAAACUGGGACAACAAGAGUUACAUGACAGAUGUUGGUGUACAUAACAUGCCAUCGUACAUACUUAGAACUCCGGAAGGAAUUUACAGAUACGGAAACCACACAGGCGAAUUUAUAUCCCUUCAGGCCAUGGAUUCAUUUUUGCGCUCAGUACAACCUGAAGUAAAUGAUUUGUUUGUUUUGAGCUUGGUUCUAGUUAAUCUUAUGGCCUGGAUGGACUUAUUUAUCACGCAAGGAGCCACCAUAAAGCGAUUUGUGGUUCUCAUAAGCACUUUAGGGACUUAUAACUCUCUAUUAAUUAUUUCCUGGCUACCUGUGUUGGGCUUUUUACAGCUCCCUUACCUGGAUAGCUUUUAUGAAUACAGCUUGAAGUUGCUGCGAUACUCCAACACAACCACACUGGCUUCGUGGGUGAGGGCGGACUGGAUGUUUUAUUCUUCACACCCAGCCUUGUUUCUUAGUACAUACCUUGGCCAUGGGUUACUGAUCGAUUACUUUGAGAAGAAGAGACGGCGCAACAACAAUGAUGAAGUGAAUGCCAAUAACUUAGAAUGGUUAUCAAGUCUGUGGGACUGGUACACCAGCUACCUCUUCCACCCGAUCGCUUCUUUUCAGAACUUCCCUGUAGAGUCUGAUUGGGACGAAGACCCUGACUUGUUCUUGGAGCGCUUAGCUUUCCCCGACCUUUGGCUUCACCCUCUGAUACCGACUGAUUAUAUAAAAAACUUGCCAAUGUGGCGAUUCAGAUGUCUUGGAGUCCAGUCUGAAGAGGAACUGUCGGAGGGUUCUCAAGAUACUGAAAAUGACUCAGACAGUGAGAGUACAGACACUUCUAGCAGUGAGAAGGAAGUGUUUGAAGAUAAACAAAACGUAGUUCACCAUUCUGCAGGAAGAGCAAGUCACUGUGAGGCUGAGGCUUGUUCGUGUGCCAAUAAAUAUUGUCAGACCGGCCCUUACGAAAGGAAGGGGAGGUCAUAUGGAUCAUAUAACACUAAUGAAGAUAUGGAGCCUGAUUGGUUAGCGUGGCCUGCUGAUAUGCUGCACUGUACUGAAUGUGUUGUUUGCCUAGAGAAUUUUGAAAAUGGAUGUUUGCUAAUGGGGUUGCCUUGUGGUCAUGUGUUCCAUCAGAAUUGCAUUGUGAUGUGGUUGGCUGGGGGCCGACACUGUUGCCCUGUUUGCCGGUGGCCUUCGUAUAAAAAAAAGCAGCCAUAUGCACAACACCAGCCCUUGUCAAAUGAUGUCCCAUCUUAACCAUGUGCAAUUUGUCCUUUAUAAGCUUUGAGUAUCUUACAGCUUGCCUUUUUAAUGUUAGUCACAAUGUUUUUGUGGUUUGACGUUUAGUUUAAUGUUAGUGCAGUGACAGGAAAUACACAUUAUGCUAAUGUUGAUGACAAUUAUUUGGUUGCCUUGUGUGUCGAUUUGAAUGCAUACUUAAUUGUGAAAGUUUUUAUUUACAACAUUGGAAAUUCUGAAGUUAAUGUUUUUUUGGAAGCACAGAAGAAGUAUGAUAGAAAUUAUCCUAGCAAGACUUGACAAGGUAGGAUCAAAUUCUAAUGGAAUUGAGGUGGUUUCUUAUCCUAAAUGUUUCCUCCCUUUUUACAAUCUUUGUCCAGCACCUCUUGGUUGAAUAAUGUAUGCUCUGAGACAUGAAAUUAAAACAGACCUAUGAAAUAAAUUAUUUUAAAACCAGAACAUUAUAGCUUUUCCCAUGUUAAAUUGUUUUUGAUAAAGUGGCUGUGAGCUCUAAGUGCUUGUCUGGUUUGUUAAUUCACAGGUAAGUCAGAUGAUUCUUAACUCAUGUGGGGAAAUAAAAAAGACAGAAAUUACAUUGCUGACAACAGCCAGAGGUGAUGUUAGUCUGCCUUGUAGCUUGGUUAGCUUUGAUGGGAGGGAGUUUUAUGGUAGGCUUUAUUUUAAGUAGUAAGUCAUUUAUGAGUGUAUUCUGGUAAAUAAAAUCACCUAUAGCAUAUUAGCCACAUAGAUUACUUUAUAUAUUUUUCCUAAGUUUUUAUUUUGAAAAAAAUUUAAAUACAGAAAAGUUGGAAACAUAGUACAGUGAGUAUCCGUUUAUCUAAUUCACCAAGUGUUUGUAUUUGGUUACAUUUGCUUUAUCUCUUCUUUAUAUGUGUAUAAUCUUUAUUCUUUUCUCUUUUUUUUUUUUUCUUUUUUGCUGAUCCCUUUAAAAUAAAUUUCAGUCAUCAUGAUGCUUCCUUCCCACUAAAUAUAUCACUGUGUAUCUCCUAAGAACAAGGACUUUUUUUACAUAACCACUACACCAUUAUCAUACCCAAGAAAUUUAACAUUGAUUUAAUAAUAUACAAUAUACAAUUCAAAUGCCCUAGUUGCACCCAAAAUAUUCCAGGUCUCUCUAUGAUUUUUGUUUUUAUUAGGAGCUCAAAGUUUAUGCAUUGGGUUUAUUCUCCUUUCUUUCAUCCUUUUCUCUAGAGCAGUUCCCCUGCCCACUCCACCUCCCCCCCCCAUUUUUCUGAAGUGUUUUCUGACAUUUUUUGAGAGUACAGGCUAGUUGGCUUAUGGAAUGUUCCACAUUUCUGGAUUUGUCUGAGUGUUUCUUCAUGAUUCAAUUUAAGUUAAAGAAUAUUGCCUAGAUGAUAUGUAUUUCCCAUUUGUAUGACAUCAGGAGGCACAGGCUGUCAGUUCAUCCCAUUGUUGGUGAUGUUAAAUUUGGUUAAGGUAAUAUCUGCCGUAUCUUUGCACUGUAAGGUAUUUUUCCACCUUACAAUCAAGAAGGAAACUGUGAAGCCUUGUGAAUAUUCUGUUCUUCAACAACUUUUAACUCAAUGGUUUUAAUAUUUGUUGAUGAUUAUUAGCCUGAAUCAGUUAUUCAAUAGGAGUUGUGACAUGGAAAUUUUCUAAUUCCAUCCUUCAUUCUACAUUUAUUAGGUGGCUUUUGUGUGUGUGUGUGUGUGUGAAGAAGAGCUUCCCGUUUUUCCAUUUUGUACUUUGAAAUACUACUGCAGACUCACAGAUUCUCUUUAUAUUCAAUGUGUUAAAAUUUAUUGUUCUUUUUGAUGCUCAAAUCAUCCCAAAUUUGGUAAGGGGGAGCCCCCCUCAGCCAGCUCUCAUGUUCUAUUAUUGACAUGUCCCUUUCAGUCUUGAACACUUCUUCGUUUUUUGACACAAGGUGUUCCAGGCUUGCUUUGUAUUUUCCCUGGCGCAACCCUGUAGUCAGUCAUUUCUUCAAAAGAUCCAAAUUUCAUGGGAGACUUUUAAAAUCAUUUGUUGACUGCUCCUCAAAAUGGUAAGAAAAUUAAAUUUUCUCAUUUUGAAUUGCUGUUGGAUUGCUAACAAAUAUUUUUUUUUCUUCAUGAUCCACUGAGCCUCAUCUUCAUACAGUAAUGGAAAUAAGGGCUAGCAGUUACUAACUUUGUAUUAACACUUGGGAGCUUUUUAACAUUUUUAAGUAAGAGUACAAACACUGCUGCUUGUGCUCUCAUUUUCCUUUUGAAAAAAAAAGUAACCAUUUUAUUGUAAAUGUUAGUGUUUCCCAGAGUUCUGCUGUUGGUCCUCUGUUAUUCUCUCUCAUGAUUUCAGCAGAUGUUCCAAAUCGACAUGUCCAGCCAAAGGUGCCCUCGCCAGAUCUACAGCUUUAUGUACAGCUAUCUGCUGAACAGCUCCUCCUGGAAGGGCUUAAGUAAUUAGUAAGUGUCAAACAGUUUUUCAUUCUCUCACCACACACCCCCGAACCUCCCUAGCCCUCCACUUAAGGUUCUGAUUUCAAUUAAUACAUAUAAUAUUGUCCAUUUGCAAUGUACACAAAGUACAGAUAUUUUAAAAGAUAAAUAAAAUUUCUCCUUCAGCAUCCAGGGGCACACCACACUUUGGAGACUACAGGCACUCGGAAAUACUGCCAGUUUGGUUCCAGACCACCGCAAUAAAGCAAGUAUCUCAGUGAAGCAAGUCACACAAAAUAGUUGGUUUCCCAGUGCGUAUACAUUAUAUUGUAGUCGAUUAAGAAUGCAACAGCAUGUCUAAGAAAACAAUGUACAUACCUUAAUUUAAAAAAUACUUUGCUAAAAAAAUGCUAUCAUCUGAACCUUCAGCAAGCCGUAAUCUUUUUGCAGUAUAGUACUAGCCUAGCAGACAAACCAAUCUCCUUAACUCUGGCUCACAAGGCCCUUCAGAACCUGUCCCCGGCCCGCCUUUCAGACACAGGGUGACACUGUGUACUACCUGUCUGUUCCGGUCCAUGCUCUAGUUUUUCUCAGCGUGGUGCUUGGCUAUCCCCUCUGCCUGGCCUUCUCACCCCUCUUCUCUGCUUUGUCUGGCUAGAUCCCACCUUCUCCAGGAAUUCUACACCUUCCUAUCCAUUUUUUCUUUCCCCAUCAGGCUUAUAAAGAAACAAAGGUAUCUUUACAGCGAACGCUCAGGUGGUGGUCACCCUACUCGAGUGAUCAAACUUAGCAGGCCAAUAGUGGAGCAACCUCAUUGCUCCUGGCCCUUUCUUGUCAUGUGCCCUUCUUAUUUCCCAGUGAUACCUUGCGCAUCCCUGUCAUCCUGAGCUGUACUGUGUAACUGUGGAAAACUAGGUACAUGUCUUUUUCAGGUGAACUUUAAGAUAUGAAUUGUGCUUAAUGCAUUAAAUAUCAACAUGCAUGGCAUAAAAUAGAGAUAAUACCUUCUGAAUGUUAGACAUGCAAUAAAAACAUUACAGUGAUGUCAGGGAGGAAAUAAUUGCCAGAGGUCCAGGUCUCCAGGGAAGCUUGACUCAUCCCUUAAUUGUUAAGCAUAGCAAACAGUGCUUUUGUCCGAUUUUCCUGCAGGUAAAGAAUUGAAGGAAAUAUUCAAGGUUGAUAGACUCUAAACUUCAACUGUGUUUAAAAAGAAAGUUUGAAUUCUUAGAGCAACUUACUGAAUUAAAGAUUACAAGCAUGUGGGUUUUCUAGUUACUGAACUUUCUGGUUAACUGCCAUAGUGGGGCACAUGUUUGUGUUCUGCUCAAGAGUUUUUCUUCUGUCUCUGAUUAUUUUUGUGUGUAAGUCUUUUCUUUCUUUAAGGAGUAAUGCUAUAAUCUACUAUUAUAUCUUUAACAUAUUAGACUCAGAGUAGAUAUUCAAUAAGUAAUUGUUGGCUUGAAUUUUAAAAACCUAUUUUAAUAUUGCCUUUUACUAGACUUUUUAACCACCCAUCUAGUAAAGGUGGGAGAUAAAGCAAAAGAAAUUUUAUUUUUAGUAGCCAUUAAUAGUGAGAAAGAUACUGAUAUUUAUGGCCUGCUCCAAGACAGAAAUCUUGAUUUUUUUCCUGUAGUCACAUACUUUUUUUUACCUCUUCUUUAGAUUAUUUGGGAGUCUGGAAGUCUAUUCAUGUAAUCUUUCCCCUUGCUCUCUUAUUGUCCCCCUUGGCCAUUUCAUUAUGUCCCUUAAAAUGCUACCAAAGGGACAAAAGGUACAGAGGGAAGGGUUGAAUCCUUUUUGCUAUUGAAUCUAAUUAAGAACUUAGAGAAGAAAAAAUGGAUUUAAUUGUAAAAAUGUUAUUUUUGAAUCAUCUGUGUUUUAAUCAUUCUGUCUGUUCUUGUUCUUUGUUGUCAAUAAUUUAAGUACAUUGAUUCAUGAUAAAUUUAGGCAAUCGCUUUGCUUUAAUUUUUUUGUACCAUCUUCUCACCAGAAGUUUUUAUUGGUUCAUAUACAGAUCACUUUACUUUCUAAUAUCCUCAUGCAACAGGUAGAACGGAAGGAAUUCCCACGGAACAGAUGAUCAGAACUCAGCACAACCGAGAUAGCUGAAGAAGUGACGAGGACACAGCUUCCAAAUUCAAAUGUCUUUAAGAGGACCUAGGGAACCAGAGUCUGAGUAGGUGGUAGUGGGGGCAACAGCAUGUAAACUCCAACUAAUGGUAUUUUGAUUUUUUUUUUUAAGAAUAUGUCAAUGAAAGCUGGUAAUGGUCUCUUUAUAACCUCUGGAUAAGCUUCUAUCUGCCUCUUGUUCAGGGUUCUUUCUACCAUAUUUUAAUUUAAAACUUUGCAUUUGUAGCAAACACAACUAUAGGAAACUGCCUUUUGUCAAAAUUAUAUCAUCCUUCACGCAGGUGCUAAAUGCAUACCUGUUGUUCACGUUCUCCUGGUUUAAGUGCAUAAUGGAAUAGGCUCUUCACACUGUGUGUUAAACACGCGGUGCUUGAGUUCUUAUUCACAGUCUGUUUUAAAACACAUUCUUAGUACUGACAUAGAGGAUACUUAAUUGAACUUAUAGCAUAUUUAUCGAAUUAAGAAAAAAGCUUAAAAAUAUAGAGGUACCCAAAAAAAUAUAGAGGUACACAAAAAAGAUGGGUGCACUACAUGUUUCCUUUUUAUUUUCAACUUUACUGAGAUAUGACAUAUAUUGUUAUGUAAGUUUAAGGCAUAAGACAUGUCGAUUUGAUGCAUUUAUAUACUGCAGUAUGAUUACCACAGAAAGAUUAGCUAAACUAUCAUGUCAUGUAAUUCCCAGUUUUUGGUGUGGUAAGAACUUUUGAGAUCAGCAACUUUCAAAUGUAUAACACAAUGUUAUUAACUGUAAUCACAAUGCUUUGCAUUAGGUCCCCAAAACUUACCUCCUAACUGGACGUUUGUACUCUGACCAACGUUUCCCCAUUUCCGCUACCCUCCAUCCCUUGGGAACCACCAUUCUAUUCUCUGUUCCUAUGACUUUGGCCUCUUUUGAAUUCAACAUGUAAGUGAUUACAGUAUUUGCCUAUCUCUUUCUGACUUACUUUACUUAGCAUAUUGCACUUAAGAUCCAUCCACGUUGUCACAAUCAGCAGGAUUUCCUUCUUUCUCAUGGCUGAAUGAUAUUCCUCUGUGUGUGUGUGUGUGUGUGUGUGUGUGUGUGUGUGUGUGCGCGCGCGCGCCACAUCUUAAUCCAUUCAACCACUGAUGGACCUUAGUGUUUUCUUAUAAGCAUCUACUAAAUGAAUGAAGAACCAUGCAGAUGCUUCCUCAGAGAGAAUUUAUUCUUUACAUAGAGUUUGAAGAGCUUGGUGAUCUAGCUUCCCAAGCUAUAGAACAGAGGCGACCUGUAAAGAGACUACAAAGUGCGGGUCGGAGUGGAGCCUGCUGGAGGUAAGCCUGGCAAGUGUAGUCAAAAUAGUUGGAUAGGAAGGAGUAGAGGGUAUUAAGAAGAAAAAAAAAAAAGACCAAAACAAAAAACAGUUGCUUGUGGCCAGAUAGUACAGUGGCAAGUAACUUCCUGAGAGGAUAUCACUGUCUUGCCAACAAUGACGGUGUCGUCAAGAAAAGCGUUUUAUAGGUACCAUUUGCAAAGGAAGUCAGGAACACUCAUUUAUGACAUUCAGAACAGUUAACUUUAAACUGUUUCAACAAAGUGAAAAGUUUCCAUUUCCUGGAAAACUCAUUUAGGAGGACAGAAUAGGAAAGACAGAAAUCGCAUUCCUUGGCUCCUUUAUAAGAGGUUAGUGCCUGACAGUCUGACUAGGUUUGCCGCAAACCAUGCAAUCAGUUGUGUCACAGAAAAAAUGACUUCCAUAUACAGUGUGUAUUUAGUCAGUGCCACUACUGUUAGUAAAAUUCUACAAGCUUUUUUUUCAUUUGGGAAUGUAUUCUGAGAACAUCGAUUUGUCGAUCAAGAAGCGUCUAGUGACACGUUUCCACCUGGGUAACUAAUUUGGAGUUUUAGGAGGUCCUUUCACAAAAGACAAAGUAGGGUUUCAGACACAGCAAAAGGGAAGUUAGAACUCUGAUAUUUUCAGGGAUGCUUUUGUUUUAUUGUUUAAAUGCUUUCCAUUUAGUUUUACUUAUUUCCUGAGCCAAGUGGCUAAAACAAUAGGUUUCUGGAACAAAAUGCGUCAGGCUGACUCCCAGCUUUGUUGCCAGAGGCUCGGAUAGGAGGGAUCACUUAAAAUGCCAAGCCCAGCGGUACCUUGAGCUUUUACAACAAUACUGUGCAAAUUAUUUGUUAGUGUUGAACGUGGUGGACUGUGACCAAUGUUGAUGCGUAUUGCUUCGCUGUAACAGCAACUUGGUCUUUUUUAAUGAGGAAAAAGAGUGGUUCUUACAGUUUUCUUGUCUAAAAAAGUAGAAUCUGAGUGUCUGAAGGAAAUGUGAAGGCCCUUUUGUUGAAUCUUCUGCCUUAAUUCAGAUUGUUGAUGUCCCUGUUGUGAGUGAACUGGCACGCUCAUCAUCUAACAAAAGACAUGCUACAUUUGCAGCAAUCUGUAAACAGUCCACCUGCAAGGACACAGCAAGAAAGCCAAGCCAGGAAGAGAGCUCUCACCAUGCUGGCACUUAUCUUAAGACUAUCAGUCUCCAGAAUUGUGAAAAAUUUCUGUUUAAGCCCCCCAGUCUAUGGCAUUUUUGUUAUGGUACCCUGAACUGACUAAUACAAACACCACGGAACAACAGAGGCAGAUCGGAGUGAUGCAGUGAUGAGCCAAGGAAAGCCAAUGACCGAUGGCCAUCACCAGCACCCAGGAAAGGGCAAGGAACCACUCUACCCAGAGUCUCAGAGGGCGCAUGGACUCCUGCUGACACCUUGAUCUUGGACUUCUCGUCUCCAAAACUGUGAGGGAAUAAAUUUUUGUUGUUUUAAA